AUGUUUGCGGAUGACAUUAAGCUCUGGAGCGUCAUUCGAACUGCAGAUGACGAAGAGCAUUUGCAGGCGAACCUAAACCGACUCCAACAGUGGUCAAAGGCCUGGCUUCUGCCGUUCAACGAGAAAAAGUGCAAUAUUCUACGAGUCGGCAGAGCUCGCUCUCCGAACCAUAUGGCCUACUGCCUAAAUGAUAUACCACUGCAAGAAGUGGACUCGCAGAAGGACUUGGGAGUACGGAUUACGACCUCGCUCAAACCCUCGCUGCACUGCACGAAGAUAGCCAAGUCUGCAAUGUCAGUCCUCUACCUUGUCAAGCGGGCUUUCUCUGCCUUUGAUGAAGACUGCUUCGCUAAAGUCUUUCGAACUUUUGUGCGUCCGCAACUAGAAUUUACUAUCCAAGCUUGGAGACCCUGGACCGCGAAGGACCUCAGCAUCCUUGAAAGGGUUCAAAGGCGUGCAACGAAACUUGUGGCAGGACAGGGUUCACUACCAUAUGCAACGCGGUUAGCUAACCUUGAUCUUUUUCCCUUGAGUUACAGGCAGUUACGGGGUGACCUGAUACAAGCCUUCCGUAUCAUACGCGGUCAGGACUGCAGCCUCGUAUCGGGGGACUUCUUCGAGUUAGCAACCACCACAAAUCUACGAGGCCAUCCAUUCAAACUACGUGUGACAGGGGCCAGACUGGACACACGAAAGUUCUUCUUCUCCAACAGAGUGCUAGAAGCCUGGAAUGCCCUGCCUGUGGAUGUCGUUAGGUCUGCUUCCGUCGAGGUCUUUAAGAGGAAGCUGGAUUUGUGUAGCAGUGUCCACUAA